AUGACCGUUCAUCCCUUUGGGGCCACCUCGUCCCCAGCAUGCGUAAAUUUUGCAUUGAAAGCUGCCGCUAAUGAACUGGAGGACAAGUGUGGUAAGGAGGCUGCGGACUAUGUGAGGGAUGACUUUUAUGCAGACGAUGGGCCCAAGUCCCUGGAUGGUAUCACUGAAACUAUUGACAUUGUUACAAAAUCCACUGCAUUGUGCUCAGAACGGGGUUUUCGCCUGCACAAAUUUGUGUCAAGUGAGAAAGAAGUACUCAAAGCUGUACCACAGUCCGAGAGAGGAAAGAAUGUUCAAAGUCUGGAUCUGAGACAUGAUGAAUUGCCCAUGGAAAGGACCUUGGGAAUAGGAUGGCACGUCCAGUCCGACAUUUUCCAGUUCUCGAUCAGUUUGAAGGACAAACCACUCACCCGCCGAGGUAUUCUAUCAACGGUCUCUUCAAUAUUCGACCCACUAGGUCUGGUAGCACCCGUUCUUUUGAAGGGACGAUUGAUCCUACAGGAAUUGUGUGGCCAGAAAGCCGAUUGGGACGAUCCUGUGCCAGAAGACAUCAGUAUGAAAUGGGAAAAUUGGCGAUCAGACUUGAGAAACUCACACAAGCAAAUAUCCCAAGAUGCUAUAAAACAAGGGAGCUUGGACCAGUAG